GAAACUGUGCCGGUAUUACAAUAUAAUAUAAUAGUAUAUAGGUUGUAUCUACCUACUUAUAAUAACUAUCAAUAACUCACCUGGACAAUCACGACCGGGUUAUUAAUUCUUAAUUCUUCGUUUUUUCUAUCUUAGUGACGUUUACAACGUUUGUUUUCGAUUUAAUUACUAAAAUAAGAAGAAAAAAAAACAGUGUAGCGAGUGUAUUUUAAAUAAAACUAUAUUAUAUUAUUAUAGUGACAUCAUAAAUUUGUUGUUUUCGUUUUUUUUUUUCGUAUCACAUUAAUCAACUUUGCACCUACCAUAUAUUAUGGAACGUAAAAGUCAAUUCGUGCGCCUGUUCAAAGAACUCUUUCAAUAUUUGAUUUCCGUAAAAAUCAAAACGUAUGUAUUUUUGAUCGCAAUGGGUUUGGUAGAAUUCGGAACUAUUCCACACUUGCAAAGCAUCGGUUUUUUUUGCGGCGAUCCCAAAAUAAGCUACAAAUACAAGGGUGAUACGGUGGAGUCCCACGUGCUUAUACUGGUUACGCUCAUAAUUCCAUACUUGGCGGCAAUGAUGACCGAAUACUUAGCGAAAGAAAAAAACAAAUUUAAUUCCGGACGGUAUGAAUGGUUUAAGGAAUCGUUGCGAUGGUAUCGGCAAUAUAUCUUGGGACUGAUAUUCGUAUUUUUUAUAACAGACGUCGGUAAACUUCUGAUUGGUGAACCUAGGCCACAUUUUUUAGACACUUGUCAUCCUAAAGAAGCCAAAAACUGCACUAAUAAGUAUAUUGAUCGUUAUACAUGUACGAACGAAAAUGAAAGUACAUAUAUCAUAAGAGAUGCUAGCAAGUCAUUUCCAUCGGGCCAUGCUUCCAUUUCAGUUUACGGGUCAAUAUCUUUAGCCUGGUAUCUACACAACAAAUGCAAAUCGCGUUCGAUGUUGUUAAUGCCGGUCUUACAGGCGUUGUGCAUACUCUGGGCCAUGUUCUGUUCUUUGACACGAAUCACAGAUCACAGACAUCAUUGGUGGGACGUGUUGGCCGGUUCGAUCAUUGGAAUCGUGAUCACCACUUACAUUAACGGAUUAUUCGAUAGACAAAAAACCGAUAACAAAUCACAUUCGACCACUGAAACCUGGUCGAAUGAGACGACGGACAACGGAUACUUUACAGCAGGAAGACUCUUAAACGUCGUCCCCGAUGGUAAAAAUCCAUCUCUGAAUUUGUAAUUUUCGCCAAAAUACAACAAUAUACACAUAAAAUACUCACUUUAUAUUUUUACACUGUACAGCAUUAUUGUUAUUAAAACGAAAAACUAUUUGUUAAUGUUUAAACAUCAGUAUUCUCGCUAUUUAACUGUGUAUAUAUAUAUAUAUAUUAAAAUACAUAUUACUAUGUAAAUUACAUUAGAUAUAGAAAUGCGUGAUAAAUUGGAAUUUUUAGGAGAUGCAUAGUUCGCGCGUUUGUUUCCAUUAUUUUACAUGUAGGUAUCUAAAUCUAUAAUUUUUAACUAUUUUGUAAUGUUUAUUGUCGUGUACAUAUCACUAUUAUAAUAAUGUAGUUUUUA